GCGUAUACGAGUCUGUGACAAAGAUAUCAAAGAUAUAUUGUGGAUACUUGUUAAUAGUGUUUGGCACGUGUUCAAGAGUUGAUGGGAUGUUCGACAGGAUAAUUCUUAAAUGAAUUUUUUAUCACCGACUUUGGUUUUUAUUUUCGCUCUUAAUUGCUGGUCCUUAAAAUUUUCCAUUUCUGAGUACCCAUGGAUUAAAGCCUGUCGUGUUUGGGAGAGAGACUGCGGAAAGCCUAACCCGAAACAUAUACAGCUAACUUACAUCAGGUUUCUGUACGGGGGUUGCACCCACAUAAUCGGGAAUUUGGUUAUAUGUGGUCUGGAGAAACUUGAAAAUGGAUCCGAUCCUGAUCUCUCUUUCCUUGAAAAGAUUGAAGAUGUGUCUGGUUAUGUAUACAUUGGUCAAAAUAGCGUUAAAACGAUAUCAUUACCUUCUUUGAAAGUUAUUCGUGGUGAACCAGGAUAUCGUAUCAUGAAUACUAGUGCUGCACUUGUUAUUAAUCGAAACAGUCUUGAAAUCCUAGAUUUGCGAAGUUUGACAGCUAUUCAACGCAACGAUAUUGUGGCGCUAAAUAAUCAGUUUUUGUGCAACUUUGGUUUCACGGUUGAUUGGGAACAGAUUUUUGAAGACAACAGUAAGCAGAUGUUUAUACCUGAUAGAAAAGAAAAGACAGUUUCUCACGCCGGAUGUGAUAUUGCUAUACGAAAAUACACUGACGAUCGCACCAAACAUUCCUGUCAUGGUUCCUGUCCUGUGGUAAAUGGACGAGGCUAUUGCUGGGGUCCAAAGCCUGAGAUGUGUCAAAAAAUGCUGAAAUGCGCUAACAAUAUUGAUAACUAUUGUCUUGGCGGUAGAGCGACUACACAACCGUGUCUGGAAGAAUGCUUGGGUGGAUGCGAAACUCGUCCUGGCAAUUGUAGAGCAUGCAAACAUGCGAUGAAUGAUGGCAAAUGUGUAUCACAAUGUCCUCCACCAUUGAUAGUUAGUCGAGAAGAGAGUAGAACUAUUGCGAAUCCAGAAUUCAAAUAUAACUUUCAUGACAUUUGUGUUAAAAAAUGUCCAGCACCAUUUCUGAAAUCAGACAGUUACUGCGUCAUUGAAUGUGACUUGAAUACCCAAAUUCCUGUUAAUGGAACGUGCAAGGACUGUCCAAAAUCUGGAUGUCCUGAACAUUGUAAAGAAGAAACAAUCUUUCUAAAUGGGAGUUUGAAUAUCUUACAAUCAAGUUCACUACGGAAAUUUAAAUCUUGUGUUUAUUAUACUGGUGGUUUGUAUAUAAGUAAAGAAUCUUUUCAAAAAAGUUCAUUGUUUCCAGAUCCAAUAGAAAACGUCAAUGAACUCUACAAUUUGUUGAACCUGAAAUCAAUUGUUGGGUACAUCUAUUUUGAUUUACGUGGAGCUCCAGAAGAAUUGAAAAAUUUAACAUUUCUGGAAAAUCUAGAAUCAGUUGUUUUGGAAGUGAAAAGUCAAUCACCAGGAGCAGUGAUUACAAUUAUGAACGGAGAAUAUAUCGAGUCAUUUGGUUUCAAAUCACUUACUAAUAUUGGAGGUUUUGUAUAUUUGAAGAAUAUGCCAAAAUUAUGUUAUAUUAGUGCGUUAACAAAAAUGUUACCUGUACGUAUGAUAGAUGUACAAGAUGAAGAACUUUGUGCUAAACGUGGUCACGUUUGCCACAGUGAAUGUUUACCAGAACUUGGUUGUUGGGGUGCUGAGGCUAAUAUGUGUGCUCAUUGUUGUGGUUUAAAAGCUGGUGAGUAUUGCGUGUCUCGAUGCACAGAUCAUCCUGGCUUUUAUGAACUUCCAACAUCUUUCAAUCAUUCAAUUCUAGGAAAGACCAAUAAUAAUCCUGUUUGUCGAACUUUACCUUUAACUAAAAGUGACAUGGCAAAAAUGGAUGAACAAGCAAUCAUUGCAUCCGUAGUCCCUUCAGAAACAUGUGCCAUCUGUCAUCCAGAAUGUGCUCAGACAUGUUAUGGUCCUAAUGCAAAUCAAUGUGUUGGAGAAUGUAAGCACUACCAGCAUGGUGAUACCUGCUUACCUGAAUGUCCACAAAAUACAUAUGUAGAUCCACAAACCCAUUAUUGUUUACCUUGUAAUGAGUCGUGCAGUCACAUAUUGAGCACUGGGAAAAAUCACUUAUGUAGUGGCCCAGGGAACUUUCUUGGCUUGGGUGGUUGUGAAACAUGUUGGACAGUUAUACAAGAUAAGAUAACAAACAAAUACCAAUGUCUACCCGAUGAUUGUCCUCCUAAACACUACACAGAAUCUUAUCAAACACAAGAUUUUAUAAACAAAGAAAAGAUCAUUGUAUCUUCUCAUAAUCAAAUAAAAAAAGGUGAACUUGGCGGUAUGAUCCGUGUGUGUAAACCGUGUCAUCCAUUUUGUGAUUUGUGUACAGCAAACGGAACACAUGCAUCUAUAUGUCAUAGUUGUACUCAUUGGUGGUUUAAAUCAGAAUGUGUAGAGGUUUGUCCACCCGCGGAAACAUAUUCACUAGCGGGAUCUGAUAAAGAGUCGGACAAUGAAGAAAAUGAUUUAAUUACUCUUAGUAACAAUACCCAGUUCUCAUCAAAUCAAUUAAAAGAAUUCACUUUUCUAUCUAACGUUUCUGCCACCACUAAUGCUAGCAUUGAUGCCAAUCAACAAGAAUACAAAACGUCCUCACUAGCAGCUCCAGUAUUUCUAAUUAAACUGAAACGUUCACAGCGUCGAUGUUUGCUCUGUCAUGAACAGUGUAUUCAAGGUUGUUCUGGACCUGGUCCAGAAGAUUGUGUUAAAUGUAGAAAUUAUCAAAUUAUCUUGGAUGAAGAAACGAAUAAAUUCGUUUGUAAUUCUUCCUGUCCAGAGGAUCGCAAUCAUAUUUUUCAUGGCAUGUGUUUAACAGCUGAACAAAAUGCACGUUUAUCUGGUCAAACAGCUCGAGAAUUGCGUAAUAGAAUUCUUAUUGCUGUUUCUGUUUCCAUAUUUAUCAUUAUUGCACUCGUUACAAUAAUACUGGUGGUGUGUUUGAGACGGAAAGCUGAAGCAGAAAAAAUACGUGAACAACUACGCUCAGCAUAUACUAACUUGUUAGAACCUGAUAUGAAAACCCAAUCCGUAAGUCGUGAACCAAACAUGGGGCGGCUGGAAAUGAUCAAUCAGGAUGACUUGUCUUGUGAUUUCAACUCAGCUCCUCUAGGAACAGGAUCAUUCGGAGCUGUAUACAAAGGUGUAUGGAAAGUACCUAAACAUGCUCUACUUCGAUAUAAUUGGCAUAGAGGUGCUCAACUAGAUGUUGCAAUUAAAGUUAUCUUAAAUGAUUCACCUGAAUGUUCAGUAACCACAAACCCAUCGUCCCCAUUCGAAGCUGGUAAUUCGUCUUAUUCAGAAGAAGAAGCGAAGCGGGCGUCCGUACGUGCUAAUAUUGAGGAACUUCUUCAGGAAGCUAAGGUUAUGGCAUCUGUUAUGCAUCGUCAUUGUCUUCCAUUAAUUGGAAUAUGUCUAUCUAGUGAACGUCAUUGUCUAGUUUCAAUAUUCGUCGAAUUAGGGGCUUUGGAUCGCUAUGUGAAACAACAUGCAGAUGAGUUGAAUAGUCUUACACUUUUAUCUUGGGCUGAGCAAAUUGCUGAUGGAAUGAGCUACCUGGAAAUGCGUGGAAUUAUCCAUCGAGAUUUGGCUGCCCGCAACGUUCUCGUUCAGACACGUGAACAUGUACAGAUUACUGAUUUUGGUUUAGCUAAAAUGUUAGAACGCCGUGAUGAAGACAGUGUCAUCGUAAAAGCUGGUCGUGUGCCAAUACGUUGGUUAGCUAUAGAAACACUACAAUAUGGGAUUUAUUCUCACAAAACAGAUGUUUGGAGUUACGGUGUGACGUUAUGGGAAAUAUUUACCUUUGGCAAACGACCAUAUGAAGAUGUUGAUACUGUAGAUAUUAAGGAUCAUGUAAUCAAAGGUGGACGUUUGACUCAACCUGACAUAUGCACUUUGGACGUUUAUAUGGUAUUGGUGAAAUGUUGGAUGGAAGAUUACGAGUCUCGUCCUACAUUUAUUGAACUUAUGCGUACAUUUAAUACUUUUUGCAAAACUCCUGGCCGUUAUCUAUACAUUGAAGGUGAUCAAUAUGCAAUCAAUUACUUUCAUAACACAAAUUCAGGUUCUGGGAACUUUUCUUCUGAGUCUCAUGAACUUCAACCAAUGUUGUCCGUACGCGGGGUCCCUGAUGGAGGUACAACGCCACAUAGGAAUAAUAGUUUACAUCGUCAUCAUACUAUGUUAACAGAACCAAGUAUGACUAGACCUUAUUCUUCAGGAAAGCUACUUCGAGCCUUAUCUGACCAGCCCAGUGAAAGAUCUGAUCCAUUUUCCGUUGGUCAAACUGAUGAACAUACAGAAACACAACUUUUGCUACCCAUUCGAUCAAAUAAUGGUAACGCUGGAAACCAUUCUACCUGGCAAUCACGGCAGCAUGGAGUUGGGACUGGAGGUUUGUCAAAUACCUCUGAUACAAAUUUUUCAGGGCUAGGUAGAAUAUGGAAGAGAUCAAAUUUUCAUGACAAAGUCAACUCAGAUGAUAUAAGUUUGGUAAAACAACACAAGGCUCCUUUGGCUUCUCGAGAGGAUUCUUGGUUAAACGAUAUUCCUAGGCAGUCAGAUCAUCCUGAAUCAAUAAGUUCUGUUGCUUUAUCUGACCCAGCUACUGCUUCUACCACUACUAAAACUUCCGAAUGGUCGGGAAUAUCACCUUCUUAUAAUAAAUCACGCAAUCAUUCCAAUUUUGGUGGUAAAAAUUUAGAAGAAAUGAGCACUAAAUUCAGUCCACGCACACAUGACAAUUCAUCAAACAGUUUUAGAAAAAACACUGUUUCAGACUAUCUGCUUGAGCCACCACCGCCACCGCCUGUAUCACGUGGCUUACCAGAUGACUAUUUACAACCGAAGACUAAAAAUCCUUCAAAUAUAUCAAACGCAUACAGUAGUGCGCUGUCAAAAUCAAUGAAUUAUACCGAAUUGGGCCCACCGAUGGUUACCAAUGUUUCUACUACUAGAGAUGAAUACUUAAGUCCGAAUAUGCAGCCACCAGAAGAGUACUUAUCUCCAAUAUCCAGUGGAUUUAGCGUAACCAAUCCAGAGUAUUUAAUGGAAACAUACGGUCACCCACAUCAAUACCCAGAGCCAAAUACAUUAAAACAAAGCACAAAUCCUGCUAGCGAUUCGAAUCCCCCACCGAAAUUGCAGGAUAAAACAAACCAAAAGUAAACUCUAUCCUGCUGCUUGUUUUUAUCGUAUCUGUUGUUACUGUGGUUUUUAGAAGCAGUUACUUUUUGCCUAAUUAAAUACAUUUUAAAAACAAAUUCUGCUAAUAAUAUCAAAUUUACUGUUAACACCUCUAUUUGUCAACUUUCGUUUUUAUUUACGUUUUACCGCCCGUUUUGUUUAUAUAUGAAAUUUCCUUGGUUUCUUUUACAUAUUAGUGAGUCAUCCUCGCUGGAAUUAUAGAUACAAUUGUUCUGCUUUUUCCCCACCAGAAUAGUGGAAAACAACAGACUAUUCAUUUUAAAAUGAUAUAGCAGUGACACUGAAUGUCUCUUACUUCCUUCUAUUUUCAUUUUAUUAUUUGUCAUACCUAUAAAAACCAAAUAAAGAAUGAUCAAUGUGUAAACACUCCGGAAGUCAAUGCACAAACAUGUUCACUAUGGAAUUUGUAUGGUUCAUUCGUCGUGAUGAUAGGUAUUGACAUUUUUUCAACGAUUAAAGAUAAAGUCAAGGAUGAAUGAAGAACAAUAAUACUGUAAGAAAAAGAGGUGCAUCUCAAUAUUCACGUCCCCUCCUUCUCCUUCCGUAUUUUUAAUUUCAGUUUAUUGAUUAUAUACAAACAGAUACAUACUGCUUCUUACUAGCAUUUAUAUCAAAGUAUUACUUCAUACCAUUGCUUCCUGUGUAUUUCGGGUAAUUCUCUUCUCAAAAAAGCAUUCAAUUUAUCCUGAAUUAUAAUUGCUUGCUUAUCUAUGGACUCACUAAAAUUGUUUGUUGGAUUGUCUUUUAUGCAUAAUUCGUUGUUCCCAAGAUAGGCAGAAACCAGGACAAUGAGGAUAUAUAUCGAUAUACCGCUUGUUCGUAAUAAGCACUGUUUGCAAACACUGCCUUAUAAACCAAACAUGUUUUAGAUGCAUUUAUUGUCAGAUUCGACGACCUUUUAAUGUAAAUAGACAUCAUUCUUUUCGUUGUCAUUUGCAUGCUGGUUCUUUUUUGAACAAAUAAUAUGAAUACUCUAUCUAUUUUACAUUCAAUCCGCUAUUAAAACAAAUACUGAGGCGAUUAUGUUUUUGAAAACUACUACCUACUAAAAUAAUCCCAAGUAGCAAAAUGAGGUUUGUUAAAAUAUUAUACCCCAGGUAGGAAUUUUCAGUCA